ACCGGAAGUGGCCGCCCUUCUGUCGCUUCUCCUGGCGUCUCCUCGUUCGCAGCCUCCCUGGAGAGGAUGAGGCGGCAGCGAGGCUGUGGCCCAGCUGUGGUAGCCCGGUGACAAGUGGGAGCUGGCACAGCCAGCUUUGCGCGGUCAUGGCCUGACCCUCUGUCGAAGGAUCAGCCUCACUUUCGGCCCCUGGGCUCCAUUCUGCGCACACGGCAGGAUUAGACUGGGGAGCAUAAUGGCAGAAACUGCUUCUCCCCUGAAGCACUUUGUGCUGGCUAAGAAGGCAAUUACUGCGAUCUUUGAUAAGUUAUUGGAGUUUGUCACUGAAGGAUCACAUUUUGUUGAAGCAACAUACAAGAAUCCAGAACUUGAUCGAAUAGCCACUGAGGAUGAUGUGAUAGAAAUACAAGGGUAUAAAAGCAAACUUUCUGUCAUUGGUGAGGUGCUAUCUCGGAGACACAUGAAAGUGGCAUUUUUUGGCAGGACAAGCAGUGGGAAGAGCUCUGUUAUCAAUGCAAUGUUGUGGGAUAAAGUUCUCCCUAGUGGAAUUGGCCAUACAACCAACUGCUUCCUGAGUGUUGAAGGAACUGAUGGAGAUAAAGCCUAUCUUAUGACAGAAGGAUCAGAUGAAAAAAAGAGUGUGAAGACUGUUAAUCAGCUGGCCCACGCCCUCCAUAUGGACAAAGACUUGAAAGCUGGCUGUCUCGUACAUGUGUUUUGGCCAAAGGCAAAAUGUGCACUCUUGAGAGAUGACCUGGUUUUAGUAGACAGUCCAGGCACAGAUGUCACUACAGAGCUGGAUAGCUGGAUUGAUAAGUUUUGCUUAGAUGCGGAUGUCUUCGUUUUGGUUGCAAACUCUGAAUCAACACUAAUGAACACGGAAAAACAGUUUUUUCACAAAGUAAAUGAGCGACUUUCCAAGCCUAAUAUUUUUAUUUUGAAUAAUCGUUGGGAUGCUUCUGCAUCAGAGCCAGAAUAUAUGGAAGAUGUGCGCAGACAGCACAUGGAAAGGUGUCUGAAUUUCUUGGUGGAGGAGCUCAAAGUUGUGGACCCUCUACAAGCAAAGAACCGUAUCUUCUUUGUUUCAGCCAAAGAAGUUCUUAGUGCUAGAAAGCACAAAGCACAGGGGAUGCCAGAAGGUGGUGGGGCACUUGCUGAAGGAUUUCAGGCAAGGUUACAGGAGUUUCAGAAUUUUGAACAAACCUUUGAGGAGUGUAUCUCGCAGUCAGCAGUGAAAACAAAGUUUGAACAGCACACUAUCAGAGCUAAACAGAUACUAGAUACUGUGAAAGACAUAAUGGAUUCAGUAAACGUGGCAGCCGCAGAGAAAAGAGUGUAUUCAAUGGAAGAGAGGGAAGACCAAAUUGAUAGAUUGGACUUUAUUCAAAACCAGAUGAACCUUUUAACACUGGAUGUUAAGAAAAAAAUCCGGGAGGUUACAGAGGAGGUGGCAAACAAGGUUUCUUGUGCAAUGACAGAUGAAAUUUGUCGACUCUCUGUUUUGGUUGAUGAAUUUUGUUCUGAGUUUCAUCCUACUCCAAGUGUGUUAAAAGUAUAUAAAAAUGAGUUAAAUAAGCACAUAGAAGAUGGUAUGGGAAGAAACCUGGCUGAUCGGUGCACCAGUGAAGUUAAUGCCUCUAUCCUUCAAUCUCAGCAGGAGAUUAUUGAAAAUUUGAAGCCAUUACUUCCAACUGGUGUACAGAAUAAACUACAUACACUAAUCCCUUGCAAGAAAUUUGAUCUCAGCUAUGACCUAAAUUGCCACAAGUUAUGUUCAGAUUUUCAAGAGGAUAUUGUAUUUCAUUUUUCCCUGGGCUGGUCGUCUCUUGUUCAUCGUUUCUUGGGUCCUACAAAUGCUCAGAGGGUGCUUCUGGGGUUAUCAGAGCCUAUCUUUCAGCUCCCUAGAUCUUUAGCUUCUACUCCCACUGCUCCUACCAAUCCAGCUGUGCCAGAUAACGCAUCACAGGAAGAGCUCAUGGUUACCUUAAUAACAGGAUUAGCUUCUCUUACAUCUAGAACUUCUGUGGGCAUCGUUGUUGUUGGAGGAGUGAUUUGGAAAACUAUAGGCUGGAAGCUGAUAUCUGUUUCAUUAAGUAUGUAUGGAGCUUUGUAUCUUUAUGAACGGCUGACCUGGACCACCCGUGCCAAGGAGAGAGCCUUUAAGCAGCAGUUUGUGAACUAUGCAGCUGAAAAACUGCAGAUGAUCGUUAGCUUCACAAGUGCGAACUGCAGCCAUCAAGUACAGCAGGAGAUGGCUACCACUUUUGCUCGCUUGUGCCAACAAGUUGAUAUUACUCAAAGACAUCUGGAAGAAGAAAUUGCUAGAUUAUCCAAAGAAAUAGAUCAGUUGGAGAAAAUACAAAAUAAUUCAAAGCUCUUAAGAAAUAAAGCUGUUCAACUUGAAAAUGAGCUGGAGAAUUUUACUAAGCAGUUUCUACAUUCAAGCAGUGAAGAAUCUUAAGAGAUUGCUUCAGUGAUUGUCAUAGAAGGAAAACAACUUGGAAGACUGGAACAGUUGUUAUUUUUAUGAAAUGAUUUUAAAUAUGAAUUAUACAAACUUUAGUAACAAAUCCCUGUGUCGAUUUUGGUAAUUAUUUCUCUCAGGGUAUUUCCAUUUAUGAAGAGUGUUAUAAUGUGUUGAUGUCCUUAGUUAUAAUUUUGGAUACAGAAAAGGCCAAAUCAUUUGCUAUGUUAAAAUAAUUAAUUCGUUAAAAGCAACUGAAUGAACCAACUAUGUACCCCUGAGGGGUGGGGCCUUGAGCUCUUAAUUAGGGCUUUUCUUUGUUUUUGAUUCAGAAAAACUCUGCUUCCUGGUAUCCAGGAGUUGGAGAAUGCUCCUUUCAUCUUCUUUCUCAGAACUAGUUUUUGAUGUCUGCUUUAAUGGGAAUAGUUACUUUUUGUUUUGUAAAUUGCCUUGCUGUAGUCACCAAGGAGGAAUAUGGGAUACUCUUGAGUGUAUUAUUUAUGCAAGUUACAAUCACUUUUGCCAUCAUGGCAGGUAUGUAAACCACUAAUAUACGUGCUGUUUUUAUUCCCUCUUUUAUUCCCAUUAAAACUGAUAUAAAACAGUAUAAAGGUUUGUUAUUAUAAACAGUCUCCUACUUGGGUCUAGUAAGUUUCUGAUCUGUUUCUAAAGAAACAUUUUCAACUUUACUUCAGCUGUGAUUCCAGUAAGGAGACCUAUUCUGUCAGUUUUCGUCGAGGGGUUUAUAAUAAAAACAGCCACAGAUAUGGGAGGUCUGAACUUGGAGCAAUUAUAGUCAUGUGCAAAAAAAGCUAUUCUUCAGAAUGCAUUUACUGAAUUUUCCCUCAAGGGAGGCUGUUGAUUGUAUGAAACUGCCAGGGCCAGGCUAAAAAUUAUUAAUGCAUUUUCUACCUUAGCGAAAUGUUUAUGGGUUUAAGUAUUGUGUCUUUAUCUGUCUGAAAAACUGAUUGAAACUUACAUGGGAAUGUGAAAAAAUGACAUUAUUCUGGGGCCUCGCUAUGCAAAAUGCAGUCUGAGGACCAGCAGAUAAGAAUCACCUAGAAGCUUGUUAGAGAAUCAGCAUCCCACUUAUAGUUUAUGCUUCUGUUAUAUGGGAGGGAUGACAUUUCAGGUUUUUCUUAAUACUCAGUACUUCCUUUUCUGUGCCUUUUAGGCUCCUGGAUGCUUUUUAAUCUUUAAUCUUUCCAAAGCAGAUGGAACUCUGUUUUUGAAGAUAUUUUUUGGAGAAACUACCAUUAUUUAGGGCAUAGAAGCCUUGCGAAAAUACUUAUAUGUUUACGCAAGUGAGAUUAAUAGGAUGCAGUAUUCAAAUUCAUAUGCACGUGAAUAUUUGUUUAUAGCUUUUGCCGUGGAUUUAUAACCCACAUAAUGGUACAGGCCACCAAGUGGGAGCAGGUGGCAACUACAACAUGAAAAGCUGAUGUCUAACCCUGGGUACUGCUAAUAUAGGUUACAAGCCAAGGCCUUGACCUUUACAUAGAAAGUACUUGAACUUUUGAAACAGGAUAGUAGUUUGUCACCUCAGUGGUUCUUGAAGUUUGGUCCCUGGAUCAUCAGCAUCAGUUGGGAACUUGUAUGAAAUACAAGACCUGCUGAAUCAGGAACACUAGGGUUGGGGCCCAACAAUCUCUUUUAGCAAGCUCUCCAAGUGAUUUUCAUGCACAUGGAAGUUUGGGGCCUACUAAUACAGUGGUUUUGGCAUAGUAAAUUUUCAGUUACUUGUUUGAAUGUAGUUCCUAACUGAUCAGAUUUGAAAGAUGUAUGAAUGUUAGAAAUGAAACCCUAAAAUAAUGAAACUCAAACCUUACGUCUAAAAAUAAGUGUACCUCUGACCAAGCCCAUGAAUUAUACAAAAAUGAUGUAAUUUACAGCUGAUGUAGUUUCAAAUUGCACAUAUACUUGGUUGUUUACUAUAUAUGUUUGUAGGAUUAUUUAUAAACUUUGUACACUCUUAAACUUUUUACAAAAUAGUACAUUUUUUUUAAUGCAAGUAUGCAAGCUUGCAAGAAGAAAAUAAACCUGUUUGCCUGGUAGGUAAUAAAUGUAAUAUUUAUA